ACGUUCAGACGUGUCUCCGUCUCGUACGAGCUUCAAUUAAAAUAUUUAGUGGGGAUAAAAAAUUGCUGUGAAUACACUGUUACUUUUUCUUCGAAAUUUCCAAAGAAAGGCAAACCUAAAUUUUGCGAAACUUUGUGGACUUCGGCAUUGCAGAAAAGCAGGUUUUCACUCCAGAAUACUCAAAAAGCAGUGCGAAAGAAGAACUUAACUUUUUAUAAUAUAUGAAGUAGAGAUUUUAAAUAUUGCUUAAAGCGAUCGCAAGAAAAAUUGAAAUGCGUAAAAUCUCCGAUUUAUUUUAUGGCCGCGGUGAGGAUGACUUUGAGACGACUGAAUCAUUUGUACUUUUGUUUCGUAGUUGGGCUGCAAAUGGUUUUUUACCAAAAAUACCGAAACGUAUUGUUGACAUUAUUCAUCAGAUUAUUUGCUGGUUCUGCAUAUUCACCUGUCCUGUUUGGUAUUUUGCGGGAUUAAUAGAUAUGAUGGACGAUUUGCCCAUAACACUCAUACUGUCUAACUUGGGAGUCGCUAUUAAUUGUAUCGUAUUACCAUUGAAAGCGAUUUACAUUAAAGUCCAUAUGAAUCAUUUGUAUGACGUCCAUUUGCUGUUCAAACGAUUGGAUGAACGUUAUCAGACGUCCGAAGAGAAGAUACAAAUCAGAGAGUCGGUUAAAAUUAGCACACGGAUCUUUGCAGCCUGUUUCACUCUGUAUUGGUUCUACGGUAUUGCAAGUGGAUUAGUACCGCUUUUCGCACAUGAAUAUCCGCAUGGCAGUAGAUUUCCAUUUAUUGAUUGGCUGCCAGAAGGGAAUUUUCAAUAUUGGCUUCACUCCAUUGUCGAGAUGCUCUAUUUGCAAUAUCUGCUCCAUUUACAAAGUACAAAUGAUUCAUUUCCGGCAGUUUAUAUACAUAAUAUUCGUACGCAUAUCAGACUCUUGACGGAUCGUGUGAGUCGUUUGGGCUUGGAUCCCGAUUUAAGUGAUCAACAGAAUUUGGAGGAAUUAGUCGAUUGCAUCGUUUCACAUCAGGAAAUACUUGUAAUUUCCGAUACCGUUGGGUCGAUCCUUUCCCUAACCACGUUCUUUCAAUUCACUGUAUAUGCGGUCCUUAUCUCCGUCUGCAUGCUCAACAUGUUCAUAUUUGGCGAUUUGAAGGUGAAAGUGAAUACGUUGCUAUAUCUCAUACCUGUCAUCUGGCAGACUGUGCCCACCUGUUAUGAAAGUUCGAUGCUCCAGACGGACUGUACUAAAUUUCCUGAGGCAAUUUUCCAUUGCAAUUGGUUGGCUUUGGAUAAACGUUGCCACAAAUUGAUCAUCUAUUUCAUGCAACGCUCUCAGGAGGAAAUCUGUUUUACCGCAAUCAAAUUGUUUCAAAUUAACCUGGGAACUAACUUGUCGAUUGCCAAGUUCUCGUUUACUUUGUAUACCUUCAUAAAGGAAAUGGGUUUAGAUACACAUUAUAACCAGCAGUGAAAAUGAAAAUUUACUAAUUAGCGUUACAAGAGGAAACGACAAAGUUGAGAAAGUUACAGUUAUUAGUAGUUAUUCACAGAACAACACAAUAAAAUUUUUUAAAAACAUCAACUGCACUGUAGUGAUGUUUAAUGGCAAAAUAAAUUA